AUGUGUCUCCAAUUUGUGUGUUACAUCUGCGGCGACGAUUUGGAGGAUGACAAGAGUCUCGUGCUGUGUCAUAACUCUAUGUUGACGCUGCAAGUAAAGUCUAGGGACUACAAAGACUGCCCGGACUAUGUCCGAAAGGAGGCUGGUGCUCCCAUUAGGUGCAACCUCUGCUUAGAGGCCGACCCAAGCGUAGCUGAGAAUUUGCUGGCGCGCAUUAAUCCUGCAUUUGGGUACCUUGACUCAAGCUAUCUGUCCCAGUUUCCGGCGGAUGGAUCAGCCUUGCUUACUCAGGCGCCAUUAACUUUUUUGCCGAUACAUCCCCAGUACUCACCACCUAACGAGGAGCCAAAGCGUACUGAGGUCCCUAGCUGGGAAAAUGGCACCACUGCCUCUAUCUAUGAGACAACAGAUGGGAACAGACAGAUCAGUGCACCCACAGAAAGCAGAGGCUUGUUCGGCAAUCAGAAUGGUUUUCGGCGACUCCUCCCCAAAUCUCUUGCGAACAACGAUGCGUUCCACUCGCUAGCGCCGCCACCUACAUCUCUGCAGAAUCCCCUAUAUUUCGCUGGAAGCAGAGCAAUUGAUGACGCUGGCUUCGCUACCGCGAGCGAUGGAUCGUUUAGCCCAGCUCAAAGCGGACCAGAUCGUGUCAGAGAGGCGAGCACAGCAAAAUCAAUUACGGGAUUGCGAAGCCAAGAGUCACAGAGUGGUGGCCGAGAGGUUCUUGCUCAUACGAACCCAAAGAUCCUUAUCAAUCGUGUUCGAAAGCCAGAGAAGCGUCGGCAAAGGGCUCCCAAGACAGCGGUUGCAUGCGAGAACUGCAGGUGUAGCCACGUAAAAUGUACUGGAGAAGUGCCGUCCUGCGAAAUUUGCCUUCGCAAAGGGAAGCAGUGUGGAUACUAUCCGGCUUCUAAGAUUAUCACGAGACGAGGUCAGGUGGCCGCAGUGCGAAUCAAUCUCCGACCUUUGCAGUCUUUGGAACAGCAUGGUACCAUUCCUCAAGUUCCCGCACCUCAGAGGGAUGUCUGGAACCUACCCGUUGACCAAGGCCUGCAACAGCAUGCUACCACCAAUUAUUCGACGUUGACAAACGAUACUUACCGCUCCUACCACAAGAUGCUUGGUUUCAGAAAGCUUUGCGCGACUCUUUGUAUAGAGCUAAGCCUCUGGGUCGCCGGCGUCCAAGGGUUUCAAAGCCAUAAGUUCAAGGUUGGAGGGUUAUCCUCUGCCCCAUUUCAAGCGCCCAGCCCAAAUACCCAGGCGUCACAUGUCCUUUCUUUGACUCGACAAGCUUCUGGGAUCUCUAGGAGCGCAGGCUAUGUGCAAUCACUUCGGAAGGGCAAUGAGGUCAAUGGAGUUUAUGGUGUUGCUCCGUUGACAUCGGUCGAGGAAGGCACAGUCUUUUUGACCGGCGUGGAGUUUGGGACCGAAUCCUUCCAAGCGGUUGUUGAUACAGGCAGCAGUGAUACUUGGCUGGCUGGGAAAGGGUUCCAAUGCGUCAAUGUGACUACGGGGGCUGAUGAACCAGAGAGCGAUUGCCUGUUUGCUUCAACAUACACGAUAGAGCCACCGUUCAAACAGAUCCCCGAUGUCAACUUCAACAUCACGUAUGGCGAUGGAGAGUUCUUAACGGGUAUCUUUGGCAUUGAACCGGUGACGAUAGCCGGAAUCACAGUCAAGAAUCAACAGGUUGCUGUUGUUGACUUCGCAGCAUGGUUUGGCGACGGCGUAUCAAGCGGCUUGAUAGGCUUCGCUUUCCCUUCGAUCACCAGCCAAUAUGCAGGCACGAAUCCUGCCUUGGACACGACCACCAAUAUUCCGUACAACCCCGUCUUCACCAACAUGUAUGAGGAAGGUCAUGUUGCUCCCCUCUUCAGUCUUGCUAUCGAGAGGUCUUCGCUCAUGUCAGGAACGGUACCUGGCGGCUUGCUUGCAAUAGGUGGCCUACCACCUGUGAUUUUCUCGCCCAUAUUUGCCAGCGCACCAUUCCAGUUGCUUACCAUGAACGACGCCGAUGCGCCGGCUCCGGUGCCUCAAUAUCAGUUUUAUACCAUCACGACGAACGGCUUUUACUACGAAGGAAGCGAGCAUACGCACUGGUCUUUGCCGGACUUCCCCAAUCCUUUCGGGCCCCCAACGAAUUCGUCUCAAGUCCAGGUCAUCGUUGAUAGCGGCACCACCUUGAUAUACCUGCCCACGGGUAUUGCGGAUGCAAUCAACGCACUGUUUGAUCCACCGGCUAUUUACAGUGAUGACGAAGGUGCAUACGUUGUAGAUUGCAGUGCAAAGGCUCCCGAAUUCGGUAUCAGGAUCGGGGCAGAGACAUUCUUCAUCAAUCCGGAAGACCUGUUCUUGGAUAAUGGAGACGGGACGUGCAUCUCGGGCGUUGAUGACGCUGGCGACAGUCUCUCGAUCCUUGGAGAUGUGUUUCUGAAGAACGUACUGGCCGUAUUUGACGUCGGAGCUAGCGAGAUGAGGUUUGCGGCGCGAGAAUUCUACUAA